AUGUUGAAAUCUGGUAUUUCAGCGACAGAUCCCGCUGUUUACGCUGGAUACGAGUCCAAAUGGUCCAAGCUACCAGACAAUGAAGAAGAAUGGCUUGACAGAGCCCGUGAGGUCGCUAGGGUGCUUCUUCAGGAUGCAGUCCAAAGAGACCAGGAGAACAAGUCGCCGCGCGCCGAAGUGGCUCUACUCAAGUACUCCCAAUUGACGAAGCUUAUGGGACCUAAGAAGUAUGGUGGUGGCGAGCAACCCUGGAGCGUCGGAUAUAAGGCAAUAAGAGAGGUUGCGAAGGCAGACGGGUCUAUUGGUAUGCUGCUUGGCUAUCAUCUCCUUUGGUCUACCAUUGCAAAUGUAGUUGGGACUCCCGAACAAGCGGACCGUGUCCAUCGUUUGAUCAUCUCAAACAAUUACUUCGUCGGCGGUGCUGUGAACCCCCGUGAUAGUGACCUGAGGAUCACUUCAGAUGGAGAACACAUCGUGUUCGCGGGGAGUAAAUUCUUCAACACCGGAGGUGUUGUAUCCGAUCUAACGGUUCUCGAGGGAGUAUUGGAUGACACUCAGGAUCAUAUAUUUGCUUUGGUGGAGACUCGACAGCCCGGCAUCCAGUUUGCUCACAACUGGCACAACAUCGGGUUGCGUUUGACUGAAUCUGGAGGCGUGAAGAUAGAGAAUGUCCGGGUUCCAUGGUCGGAUGCCCUAGGUUGGGACGAGGUUACCAAGAAGCCUCGCGACGAUACUCUGAAGAUUGCAUUCCCAACUUUACUUCUGCCAACUAUCCAACUGGUUUUCAGCAACUUUUACCUGGGUAUUGCUCUCGGUGCUUUGGACAUCGCCUCUAAAUACACCACGAGUGCAACGCGCGCUUGGCCAUUCGGUGGGGACAACAAGGAAUCUGCAACGGAUGAGUUUUACAUCCUUGAGCGCUAUGGCAAUUUCUUUGCACAUCUGCGUGCCACAGAGGCCUUGGCUGAUCGAGCAGGUGACCAAGUCUCGAGGCUUUAUAGCCAGUAUCAGACCCGAAAGUCAAGCUUAACGGCCCAGGAGCGUGGGGAGGUUGCCGAGUGGGUGGCAAGCGUCAAGGUAGUCGCGACAGACAUUGGACUUAGGGUCACUUCUGGUGUGUUUGAAGUAACUGGAUCGCGGGCCACCGCCUCGAGGGUUGGAUUGGAUCGAUUCUGGAGGGAUAUUCGAGUGCACACUCUUCAUGAUCCGGUGGCGUAUAAGAACCGGGAGUUGGGACGUUAUGCCCUUUUGCAUGAAAUUCCCGAGCCCAGUUGGUAUACUUAG